AUGGCCGAGACGAACAUUUUGGCUAUGCGACUUGGCCCCGGGAAGCAUCUGCAUAACCGCACCUUGCUCGGUGGAGUGGUGGAUGGAAAGGAGUUUGAUUAUCUCCACGAUAUGAUCGUAGUACAGGAGUUGGUCCGUGCCAAUGCCAGAGGCUUCCAGGAUGGCAAUAUAGCCGGGAUGGCUAUUAGUUUGACAGCUGUUCAGCAAUGGCUGCAUGAUCCGGUACUCAAGAAGCGCCUCAAUGAUGAAGUCUUGUCGGGUCAGAAGAAGAUGUGUUUAGCUAUCACAGAGGCCUUUGCCGGUAGCGAUGUGGCGGGCCUGAAAACUACUGCAGAGAAGACUCCUGAUGGAAAAAAUUAUGUUGUAAAUGGAACAAAGAAAUGGAUCACAAAUGGCAUGUUCGCGGACUACUUUGUCACUGGCUGCCGCACCGAAAAGGGUUUCUCGGUGCUUUUGAUUUCUCGCGGUGAGGGCGUGGAGACUAAACAAAUCAAGACCUCAUAUUCGACUGCCGCUGCCACUGCUUUCGUGCAGUUUGAGAAUGUCAACGUUCCGGUUGGGAAUCUCCUAGGCGAGGAGCACAAAGGUUUCGUCGUUAUCAUGAGCAACUUUAAUCAUGAGCGGUUUAUGUUGGUCGCCGCUGUAGUCCGCAUGUCAAUGAUGGUUGUAGAAGAGACGAUGAAAUGGUCAAACCAGCGCAUCGUUUUUGGCAAGAAGUUGAUUGAACAGCCGGUUAUUCGUCAAAAAAUUGCUCGCAUGAUCUCUCUAGCUGAAUCUAACCAGGCAUGGCUUGAGUCCAUCGCCUAUCAGAUGUGCAACAUGACAUACACUCAGCAAGCGAAUCAUUUGGGUGGACCUAUCGGGCUACUUAAGUCACACUGUACCCAAGCUGCAGGCGAGAUCACCAGUCUCGCUACUAACAUCUUUGAUGGUCGUGGUAUCACUCAGUCAGGAAUGGGCAAGGUCAUUGAGAUAUUCCAUCGCACAUACAAGUUCGAUGCCAUGCCAUCUUGGGUGGAACUGAGGAGAUUUUGGCAGAUUUGGGAGUCCGGCAGGCAAUGA